AUGGAUACGUUAAAUCUGCGAAUAAAGGUGCGCUUGAUCGGAGUUACAGAAUACAAUGAAGAAAAUGAACCUAAUUACAUCAAACAGAGUGAAAUUGCUGGGCAUAAAGGAAUUAUAUCUGUUAAUCAAUUAAUAAGAAAUAUGAUGGAUUAUUUUUGUCAACACCAAAAUGACAAAGGUUUUGAAAAAUAUAAAAAAGCUAAUAUAAUUAUGCUUAUAACUAGACGAACAUUUGGUAAUCUAUAUCCGGAUGGAAAACUUUUUACAUGCAUAACAGAUAAUCCAGAUCGAGUUGAUGUAUUUUACCCAACUUUGAAGACAUUAAAAUCUGGAGAAAAGAGAAUUACGUUUCGUGUUGACGAACAAGACGUAGAUAUAAUAUUAGAACCUGCUGACCAACUAAUAGCGGACAAUUUUACUAUAACUCAUUUAAAUGAUGAAAAUAAACAUUAUUCGGCUGAUGUAGGUAAUUUUAAACAGAAACUGUUCAGAAAUAAAGAAAAAGGAGCAGCAUUUCAUAUCGAUGAAGAUGGACCACUAACAAUAAAUGGAAUUAUCAAUUCCAAAUUGAAAAUCAUGCCUUAUGAAUCCAACGAAUUGAUCAAAGACGGGAAAAAAGCUCACCGAAUUACAAAAAUUAUAUCGAACAAACGUCAAUUCAAUGACGUGGUGAUUCCUCCAAACAUAAGAAACAUGUACACGAAUCAAAAGAUGAAGAAAUUAAGCUAUGACCAAUGCAUAGUGAUAGAAUAUUUGUUGGUAACUGAAAGCAGUUUCACACAUCAAUUUUCGAGUAUUGAAGAUAUUAAAGUCCAUUUAUCUCUUAUGUUUGUCGGAGCUCAAAAUUUGAUUGAUACUCUACAUUUGGGAAUUAAACUUCGUUUGAUUGCAUUGUCGCUCUUUACUAAAAGAAAUGAGCCUUCUUUCAUAGAAAGUAGUACAAUUCCGGGAGAAAGACGUCUUCUCCAUUCCGAAAAACUGCUCGAUGAAAUGUCAAAUUAUUAUUGUAAACUAAGAAGGGAUCCAAUAGUCAAGCAGGCAGAUAUAAUUAUGCUUAUAACUAGGAGAAAACUGGGAGACAUUAAUUCCAACGGAAUUAUAUCUGACGGUACCGUAGGAAUUGCAAACUUAGGAGGCGCUUGUAAUCCAUGUUUAAAAUGUGGUAUAGUGGAAGAUGAUGAUUCUUAUGUCGAUAGAGAUGAUACUUUUGCUCACGAAUCGGCACAUUUAAUUGGAAGUCCUCAUGACGGAGAAGACGAAGAAGAUAGCUUACCUGGCAGUCCAACAGCAGUACAUUGUCCAAGUGAAGAUGGUUAUAUUAUGGGUGAUGGUACAGGUGCAAAUAAAAUGAAAUUCUCUUCGUGUUCCAGAGAAAAUAUUUUAUAUUUUCUAAGGUUUCCUAGGGCCGAUUGUCUUUUUGACGAUUGUUACGAUGAUCGAAAAUAACGUAAUUAUAGUAUAUAAAGCAUAUUUUAUAUGUAAAUAUCCAAUAUAUUGGUGAUGUUCACAUAAUAUUCAUUUAUUUCUGGAAAUAUUCUGUAGAAAUAACACUUCGUCAAAUAAAUAAAAUUUAUAUCUA